AUGCCCCCCGGCAAGCACGCGGCCAGCAGUGCGUACAGGCCCAAUGGCGGAACUGCCAAAAACCUAGCCCGUGGGCAGCUUCUCGGGCCCCAGCAAACCAAGAUCAAUGCUCCCCAUAUGGCCCUGUAUGGUGUGGCCCUCCUCCAGGAAAACUCAGAGACGCACUGUGUGGCUGGAGUCCCCCCACCAGCCCCUGCUCAGCAGCACCCCUGCCCGGUGCUCCCGUCCCACAGAAAACAGCACUGUACCGUUCCGGGUGACGUGGCCCACAGGACGCGGGGGUUCCUGCCAGCGCCGCCCUGGGAAGAGCCUCCACAGAAAGGAGCAGGAAAGCGCGGGGGGUACCGGACCUUCCCGUGCCCACAAGUGCGCGUCCGCCGAGCUUCCACGGUGCGUGCCUGGACGCGAGUCCCCAGCAGCCGCGGCCGGAGCUCCGCAGCAGGAAAACCGCCCCCAGCUCCGCGCUGCUGCGGGGCCCGGGGGUGUCGGCCGGCGGCGCCCGGCAGCGCGGGCGAGCGAACUCCGGCUGUCCGUGUCCCGCUUCUGCGAAAACGAUCCCAAACCACCGGGUCGCUCCCGCGGCGGCCCCAGCGGGCAGCCGCCUCCCCGGGGUCUGCAGCUGCCCAGGGCUCUGCGGCCGGGAGCGCGUGCGGCCUCUGCGCUCAGACACGACCCCCGAGAGGCCGCCAGCCUACCCCGGGCGCCCCUGCCCAGCGCCGUCCGCUCCCACCAGGCGUCGGGACCCCGGGCCGUGCAGCCCGCACCCCCGCCAUCCCAAGGGCCGUGGCCCGCAGCUGCCCGCACAUGUCCCGGCCCCGCGAACCGCCCCGCACCGGCCGCAGCUCUGCCUCCCCGGCGCCCCCAGCCACUGCGGGCGGCCUGGCUCCACCCGGCCCGGCGCGGCCGCACCACGGGCAGCGCGGGCUGUCACGCAGGCCGGCCCUCGAGCGCUGCCCCCCCGGUGAGCCGCGCUGCCCGCCCCGUGCCCAGCGGCCGGUGCUCCACCAGGACAGGGCGGAAGCGGGAGCGGCCGCGGCCUCCACAACACGCCGCGCGGCCUCGGCGCCCGCGCUCGGCUCCCUCCACGCUCUGCCCCCAGGGGCUCCCGUCGGCCUCCCCGAGCCCCUGCUCCCCGCAGCCCCCGCCCCCUCCGCCUCCCCAGGCGCGGCGCUCAGCUUCCCGCCGGCCCAGGCACCGGGGCUCUGGCCACAUCCCGCUGCGGUCGUCCUGGGGCGCACGAGCGCCGGCGGCGGGGAGCGCGGCCGAGGAAGCCCGGCGGCCCCAGCAGCGGCCCCGGCUCACGUCCACAGACGGUCGCUGGCGCGUCCCGCCCCUGCCCGCUCGCUCGGUCGCCCCCGGAGCCACGGGCCCGCCCCCCGCGCAGACCCCUGCCCCGCGUCCCGGCGCCCGGCGGCCGCCUGUAGGCCCCGGCCGGCCCGUGCGGACAGAUGCUGCCGCGCUCCCCGCCUUCCCAAGCCGCCGCGGGGCUCCGACUCCCGCAGGCCGGCCCUGCUCGCCCCGGGAACGAGCGAGACUUACGGGCUCAUCGGCCGCCCCGACGGCAUCUUCGUGGAGACCCGCGAGUGUCCCGCGCCCAACUCCGCCGCGCGGCCCUGCCUCUCUGACCCGCCGGCCGCUCUGCGUGUCGGACCCUGGAACAGCCGGGCCUCGGCCCACUGGGCGACCCAUCAGGCACACGCCGCUGGGGACACGUGCCCCGGGCAGUACAUGUGCGUCAGGCUCCCGCCCCCGUCAGGUGUCCGGUAUCCGCCCUAUCAGGGGCGCGACUCCGCCAGGAGCCUCGUGGCCCGGGCGUCCAACGGCACCUCCCGCCGGCCUAAGCAACGUCCCACUGGCUUCACGCGCCCCUGGGGCUGGCGGUUGCCCACCAAGCGCCCCGCCUCUCCUGGGACUGCGCCGCACCAGGCAGCCGCGCCAGCCUCUGUCCGGAGCGCCUGCCCCGGGGCACGGGUUCCCCACGGGCCUUCCCGGACGCGGGAAGCUUGGCUCCGUCUGCGGGGCCAUCGCGCCCCGGGAAGCAGCUCUGCCUCCCGUCCCACGCCAAGGGCGGGCCAUGGCGCCCCGCACAGGCCAUCCAAGCUGAGGCCGCGACUGGCGAUGCAGAACUUCACCCCAGCGGGCUGCGUCCAUUCCGGCUCCCCAGUUCCACCGCACAAGAGCCCACAAGCGCCGGUGGCAUGGCUGGAAGAGCAUCCCCGAGGCCAGAACUCUGGGCGGGACGCGUCUCCCACCGCAGCCGCUGCCCUGGGUCUGAGCUCGCAGUGCCGCAGAGACACCAACACCUUAUCCGGCAAAGGCCCGUGA